UCAGUGAGAGGAUCGGUCUCACGAGGGUCCGUGGAUCGCCAGUCAUACACAGUGUGUGGACUCGGCUGGCCUGUGCCUGGUGCGUUACACCCGGGAGCCGCCGGAAGGUGAAGCGAUGUGGACCGUCACCAGACUGGCGACCCUGCUGUCGGUCGCCACACUGGCUUCACAGGACCACCUGCCGGGCAGCUGCAUGUUCGAGGGUCGCUCCGUCCCGGACGGGGCGCGGAUGGCCAAAUCGGACCCCUGUCACCUGUGCCACUGUCACGACGGCCGGCUGGAGUGCGUGUGGAAGCACUGCGGCCCUCCGCCUCCCGGCUGCCGCACCCUGGAGACGGACAACGCGUGCAACCAGACCGUCUACGUGUGUCCUCUGCCCGAAGAUAACGACAACACAAGCUCGUCCAGUUCUUCUGAGAGCAUCACGUCAUCGACCACCCUCGGCCCGUACUUUCCAGCUCUAACCUCAUCUACGCCGUCCUCGGAUUCGCCUCUGACAACGCAGUUCUCCCUGCUGCCGCCACCUCUGCCGUCUCUCUCGCCCUCACUGGAGGGCCGUCAGUCCGAGACGGAUGAGCCAGGCACGGGACCAACCUACUUCAACGAGUUCUCGUCGGCCCCGAUGAACUUCAGCGCUGCGUUGAGCCGCGGUGAGGGUCCACGUUCACCGAGUCGUCAGCCAGAGCGACAGGGAGAUUCAGAGGACGAUCGACUCCGCUUCAGCUCUCCCAAACCAUGGGAAGGACCAUCCGAUGAAGAGACUUCGGAAAGAACGUCUGAGAGAACCACAGACCGGACGACGCUGAGGGCACUCGGAAGAACGAGCUAUCGUCCGGGGUCGCGGAGGCCGUUCCGAAUUUCCAGGCCACACACAGUUUCACCAGCGGAGCGAGAGGAAACGCAGGCCACGCAAAGUACUGACCGUUGGACCUCCACAAAGGCGUUGGGAAGAACCCAGUCGAGUACAUCAUCAAGGGACACUACCUGGACAACGCGAACAACACCGCGCACCAGACCAUGGACCACAUCACAAACGACCGUGCGCAGCUCUUCAUUAUUCCGAGAGGAGGGUUCAGCUAGGCCGAAUUCAAAGCCUCGGCUCCGGUUCCCGAAGCGGCCGAAUUUGCUCUUGGCUGUUCGGGAGAGGCUACGAUCGGAGGAAGAUGGCGAUGAGGAAACCACUCGGCCUUCGUUCCACCAGCCCGAAUCUGAACCUCUCCGGACCACCCAUCACCCCAUCCUGAGACCCCGCAUCCGCCCUCUGUCACUCGCCGAGCCCAGCAAACUGGUGCAAACCACGGCCGAACCGGAGACAGUCUCAGCUCCCGUCACCGAACCUCGCAGACUAGGAUCUCGUCCCAGUCGUCGACAGCUGAAGACGCUGUCCACCACAAGGCAUCGCCUGCAGAGGCUGUUCCCGUCUACGGUCAGACCGGACACCGGUAGAAGCUCCGAAGAUCUGCGCUCGCGUGAACCCGACCUCACGACAAUCAAGCCGGAGGCUUCCACGUUUUCCUCUUCUCGACGACGAGUGAGACCGCUAUCCGCCUUCCAGUCUCUGAGUUCCUCGAGCCCCAUUCCUCGACCCCGAUCUCGAUUCCCCUCGACAUCUCCGCAAGCUCGUCUAUCCUCUUUCUCCCCUUCCAACUUUGACGUCAUCUCCCCCUCCAGUAUAGGCAACACAGAUCGAUCCAGUUUCCCUACAUUCCAAGAAGCCAGCGCUAGUACGCCCGACAGUGCUACUCCACUCGAGCAAGGGCCUCCGUUCCUCGCGGUGCCAGCAGCGGUACCCCUGGCGGCUCCUGUGGUCAGCUUUGACUACGAUCUGGAGGACGAUAGUAUCGACCUCACAGAGUACGAGUUUCCGGAGUUUGGUCGCCGCCUGAGGCGCGAAACGUCAAAAUCAGAGUCACAAGAAGACGUCGAACAAGAGAGAGGAGACACCGGUGGGUCUGGGGCGAAAUUUAGAGGAAGACGAAACGUGCGAGAUGAACAAGCUGAAGAAGGAGAGAGCUGGCGAGCUAACCGUCUUCGACGAUCACUCCUCCCUGGCGACGAGAGGCACGAUCACGGACAUCACGGACAUCAUCGUUCCCAUCCUCACUCCCGAGACCAUCGUGAUCCCGAUCUAAAUCGCGAAGACGACCUGAAGUCGAGUCGAAACCGGCUCGGUGAGUACCGAGGAAUCGGUGCGAAGAAGUCCGAGAGAAAUUUGCGUCGACCGGGCCGCCGUAUUGAAGACAAUAAAGCAGAAGAGGACUUUAGAAGUUUCCAGUCUCUGGGACAGAACCCGAGUGAGCUCAGCGUCUGCUUCGUCUCGGGACUGCGAUUCAAGCUGGGAGAAGUAAUAGAGGCAGCAUCGGACGGCUGUCUGGAGUGCCGCUGCGCCGGCGCCGCCAUGUUCUGCUACCCAAAGUGCUGUUUCUACACCACGGAAGCGCCGACGGACGGUCAGACGCAGUUAGUGCUCUGACCUUCCGGUGACCCCAGAUGACCUUUCGGUGGCCCCAGGUGACAGGUCGUGUCAGUGUUUUGUCAACGGUGACAGAGCAGAAGCCAGACGUGUGGCGAAACAGGAAAGGAGAGCUUGGGCAACGGUGCAGCAAUAAGGAGUGUGAGGAUGCAUAUGUGUGCAACAGGGAAGUUCAGAAGCUGCUUAUUUUAAUGAAGCAAUAAAGCUAUUUGUGGUUUACGUUAUUGAGCCAUAAUGAUUGCCCGUGCACUAUUGUAAUUAUCUUUGCGGGAUUGUUCUUUUGGCCGAAACAAAAUAUAUCAAACGAUAUUGUUUCGAACAACAUUCAAUUUAGUCGGUUUAUUUGCAGCUUCUAGGAAAUAUGGCUAUUCAAUUUAUGCGGAUAAUGAAAUGUGAAUGAUAAUUAUCGUUUUAACGACGAUUAGUCGUGCUCGUAUAUCUUCUAAGUUGAUGUUGAGUUGAAGCUUCCAGCUUCUAAAUGUCUAAGUUGUAUUUUCUAGCCAGUAACAUGUCUACAUGAAUAAAUACUGUGUUCAUUGUCCAUAGCGUUGUCCGCUGUCAUUCAAUAAACCGGCGCAUGUCGACCCAAUGUUCAC